UGUGCACCGCCCCUUUCCUCCGGGAAUGCUGGGAUGUAUACUGCCACUGAUCAGGAAUGGUGAAGAGCUAUGGUACAGUCCUAACUGUAAUAUAACUAUUACAUUUUACAAUAUUCUAUAGAAAUCUACACUGCGGCGUUUGUCUGAAUGCAUCGGUGCUACUGAAAAGCGGCCCUAGAAGUUAAGCAUUGGAUAAAGAUUUAGAAAUAUAGCUAAACCAGACAACCGCCAUCAACUCAGAAGUCCUUGACUGCGAAGGCACCCCGAGGCUACUUCCUGUGAGCUUCCUGUUCCUGUCCCAAGGCUGAGUCUGCAUUGUAUUAAAGGAAAGGGAAACACCCAGUAGCUACGGCUCAUUUGAAACUCCAUGUUCACAAGUACAAGGGUCGCCAUUGACUGAGCUCCCGUCGCCAUGGACGCCCAACCGCAAGGCCAGCAGGCUGCCGUUCCCAUGUUCCAGCCGCAGAAGCCUCUACAGCCGGAUAUGGAGUACAAUAUCUUAGCCAACUUUGCAAUUGAGAAGAAGAUUGGGAGAGGACAAUUUAGCGAGGUCUACCGGGCCAGGUACUUGCUAGACAACACGUCAGUAGCUUUGAAGAAAAUUCAGAUAUUCGACUUGAUGGAUGCCAAAGCUCGGCAAGAUUGCAUCAAAGAGAUAGAUCUCCUUAAGCAAUUGAACCACCCCAAUGUAAUUAAAUACCAUGCGUCCUUCAUUGAAGAGAAUGAACUAAAUAUAGUUCUGGAGCUUGCCGAUGCCGGGGACCUGUCAAGGAUGAUUAAGCACUUCAAGAAACAGAGGAGGCUGAUCCCUGAGAGGACGGUGUGGAAGUACUUUGUUCAGCUCUGCAGCGCUCUGGAACACAUGCACUCCCGGCGCGUCAUGCACAGAGACAUAAAACCGGCUAAUGUGUUCAUUACUGCCACUGGGGUAGUAAAACUGGGGGACCUGGGUCUGGGCCGGUUCUUCAGCUCCAAAACCACCGCGGCUCAUUCUUUAGUGGGCACCCCUUAUUACAUGUCUCCCGAGAGGAUACAUGAAAACGGAUACAACUUCAAAUCUGACAUCUGGUCGCUAGGCUGCUUGCUGUAUGAGAUGGCUGCGCUGCAGAGCCCGUUCUACGGAGACAAGAUGAACCUGUACUCCCUGUGCAAGAAGAUUGAGCAGUGUGACUAUCCCCCUCUCCCAUCCGAUCACUACUCUGAAGAGUUGAGAAAACUGGUAGAUAUGUGCAUCAAUCCUGACCCUGAGAAGAGGCCGGACAUCACCUAUGUGUACGACAUCGCCAAGCAGAUGCACGCAGUGACACUCGGCAGCUAAGUCCGCGAAAUAAGAGCUUGUUUUUCCGCGUGUCCUUCUCCACGGCACGUAGCACGCACGGUUUUUCCGAAAGGGAAGAACUGGUGGUGAUAUACCAGGUAUUUUGAAAAUGUAAUUUAUUUCACACUUGAGCUGAGGCCCAUGUUAAUAGAUGAAGAAUGGCGCAAAAGCAAGUGCCGCAGCUCCAUAGCUGUGUGAUGCCUUCCUCACGAGCCCUUCAGUCGCGUCCUGAGCUGAUCCAGGGUGUUCAGAUGAUUGAGUUAUGUUGAGUUGGAGUGACGGUCGUGUUGAGUUCUGUCAGUCGGUUUACAUCACCCUGUCAUGGAGGAACGCUGCCUGAACCAGGGACAGGACAUUUUAUCAUCAGCAAUUGUUUGCAUUCAGGUUUUCAUUUUAAACAUAUACCAUACUGUACACACACACACACACACACACGUGCGCACAUACAGACACAGACACACACACACACACACACACAGGCAU